ACUGUCCGUCCGUCUGUCUCUGCCUCCCCCUCGCCUGUCCUCCUCCUCCUCCUCUUCCUCCUUGUGGGUGAUGUCUCCCAGACUCUCUCCUUGGUCACCCCCGGGUCAUGCCUGACUGCUUCCCUGGCUGCUCCCCGUAUGAGGGUUACAGCUAUGGCUCCUUCGAGAACUGCUCCAGCUCCACGGAAGGGCUGCUGGACAGCUCGGGCACCGCCGACGUCGCCUAUGCGGGCUCCGACCAAUUCAAACGGCGCUUCCCCUUGGUCCCGAUGCGGCAGCUGUGCAUUGCCAUGGCAGAUCGGUCCCUGGAGCCCCUUGGCACCCGCCCGCGUCUGGAGUCGCUCAGCUCCGUGGAGGAGGAUGACUACGACACGCUGACCGACAUCGAGUCGGACAAGAACGUCAUCCGCACCAAGCAAUAUCUGUACGUGGCAGACCUGGCCCGGAAAGACAAGCGAGUUCUACGCAAGAAAUACCAGAUCUACUUCUGGAACAUCGCCACCAUCGCCGUCUUCUACGCGCUCCCCGUGGUGCAGCUGGUCAUCACGUACCAGACGGUGGUGAAUGUGACUGGCAAUCAGGACAUCUGCUACUACAACUUCCUCUGUGCCCACCCUCUGGGGAACCUAAGCGCUUUCAACAACAUCCUCAGCAAUCUGGGCUACAUCCUCCUGGGUCUCCUCUUCCUGCUCAUCAUUCUCCAGCGCGAGAUCAACUACAACCGCGCCCUGCUACAGAGCAACCUGCAAGCUCUGGAGUGUGGGAUCCCCAAGCAUUUCGGGCUGUUCUACGCCAUGGGCACGGCGCUCAUGAUGGAGGGGCUCCUCAGCGCCUGCUACCACGUGUGCCCCAACUACACCAACUUCCAGUUCGACACCUCGUUCAUGUACAUGAUCGCGGGCCUCUGCAUGCUGAAGCUGUACCAGAAGCGGCACCCCGACAUUAAUGCCAGCGCCUACAGCGCCUACGCCUGCCUGGCCAUUGUCAUCUUCUUCUCCGUGCUCGGCGUGGUGUUUGGCAAAGGCAACACAGCCUUCUGGAUCGUCUUCUCCGUCAUCCAUAUCACGGCUACGCUCCUACUCAGCACGCAGCUCUACUACAUGGGCCGCUGGAAGCUCGACUCGGGCAUCUUCCGCCGCAUCCUCUAUGUGUUGUACACAGACUGCUUUCGCCAGUGCAGCGGACCCCUGUAUGUGGACCGCAUGGUGCUGCUGGUGAUGGGCAACAUCAUCAACUGGUCCCUGGCCGCUUACGGACUGAUCAUUCGCCCCAAUGACUUUGCCUCCUACCUGCUGGUCAUUGGCAUCUGUAACCUCCUCCUCUACUUCGCCUUCUACAUCAUCAUGAAGCUCCGCAGCGGGGAGCGCAUCAAACUCAUCCCAGUGCUGUGCAUCGUGACCACGUCGGUCGUGUGGGGCUUUGCUCUCUAUUUCUUCUUCCAGGGCCUCAGCACCUGGCAGAAAACCCCAGCCGAGUCCCGAGAACACAAUCGCGACUGCAUCCUGCUCGACUUCUUCGACGACCACGACAUCUGGCACUUCCUCUCCUCCAUCGCCAUGUUCGGCUCCUUCCUGGUGCUGCUGACCCUGGAUGAUGACCUGGACACGGUGCAGCGGGACAAGAUCUACGUGUUUUAGCCGAAGCUCGGCCCCCUUCUCUCACCCUGCCGGGGUGUGGUGGCUCAGAGCCAGGACUGGGCAGAAAAGGCCUGUCCCCAUCCCUAUCCCCAUCCCCUCCUGUGGUGGCAGGAGGCGGGGGGUCUGUCCCCCUGAGGGAGGGGGCAUUGCUCUCUACCCCCCAGGGAUGGGGGUCUGGACCUUGGCCCCCGGACAGAAGCCCCCCUCCCUCCGUCCUGGGGUGAGGCAGAGAGGUCCUGCCAAGCCCCCCACCCUUUUUGGAGGGGGCCAGCAGGGAGACUUGUGCUGCUGCUGCUGCUGCUGCUGCUGCUGUUGGCAUCCUGAGCCGGACUCCCGCUAAGUGGGGGAGCACACCGGGCCCCGGAAUGUGGGCACCCAAGGGCUCCCUUAAUGGAGUUGAGGGGGGCCAUCUGCAGAACUUUCAGGACAGCUGCGGCUCUCGGUGGGAAACGGAAUCGGCGGGGGUGGAGGCGGCCCGGAGCCGACGAAGGGCCGGGGGUUUGUGGUUCUGUUAGCUUCCCCCUUCUCUUUCGCAACCCCGUUCCCUGUUUCUUGCGGUGCCAUCUCGGGGGGGAUGAGCCUCCCCCAUGAGGAGUCUCCCCCAUCCUCCCAAUGCAGUGCCUGGCUCCCCAGGGGGGGCG